AUGAGUGAUAGUGGUAGUGAUUUAUCGACGGAUGUACAAUUUAAACCUGUAGUAACAUCAAGGCGUAGCCUAUUCUCAAAAUUAGUUUAUAAAUUAACACCGACACCAUCAUUUGAUCAGGAUGAUGCUUCAACAUCGAAUUCAAUGGCUGUUGAAAAACAGACAGAAGCAGCGAGACAGACUGGUACAAUUUGGGAUAUCAUUCGAAAAGCAGAUCGACCAGCGUUAGAAUACAUGUUAAACAAUGAUCCGAAUAAAGUUGAUGAACGUGGAUUUGAAUAUUACGGAGAAAAUGUAUUACAUAUAGCCAUCAUAAAAAAGAAUGCAGCAAUGGUAGAAUGGCUGUUAGUAGACCCAAAUAAUAGACCGUAUAGAGAAAAGUUACUAAAUGCAAAAGCAUCCGGAAAUUUCUUCAAAAAUGGACGCCCUUGCUACUAUGGAGAAUAUCCACUAGCCUUUGCCGCUUGCACAAAUCAAUGGAAUUUAGUGGAAAUUCUAAUCGAACAUGGAGCUGAUAUGGACAUGGCGGAUAGUAAUGGUAACAAUAUUUUACAUUUAUUGGUUAUUCAUAAUUUAUCCGAUCUUUAUGUUAAAUAUAAGGCACGUUGGAUUGAAGAAAAUAAUCGAAAAAAAGGCAUAUUAGAAGACAGCAUUAGUCCACCAACUUUAGUGAAUAAUUUUCCUAAUGAAACUCCAUUAUGGAAACGUUUAAAUAAAGAAAAUUUAACACCAUUGACUUUAGCUGCAAAAUUAGGACAAAAAGAUAUGUUUUCAUUUUUGUUAGAUGAACGAAAAAUUACACAAUGGACUUUCGGACCUGUAAGUUGUGUUCUUUAUCCAUUGGAUCAACUCGAUUUAGGAUUACCAGUAGAGGGUAAAGAGAUUGAAGUAGGUGGAUUAGAGUUAAUUGUUAAACAUGCACACGUUGAUUUAAUAAUGCAUCCACGUAUGAUCGAUUUAAUUGAUAAAAAAUGGAAUCGAUUUGCGGGAAAGAUAUUUUUUAAACGUUUUAUGAUGACAUUGGGUUUCUUGCUUGUAUUUAUGUUUACCAUUAUAUUAGAGCAAACACGGGUAGAAACGACUGAAGGGGAAGGCGAUGAUGCAGUAGUAACCAGUGUCGAAUAUCCAUCGGGCAUCAUAUAUGCAUUACAUCGAAUUGGUAAUGGGAUUGUUUUGGCUGGAGCAUUGUGGAAAGGCAGAUGCGAAUUAAAUGAAAUGAUUGCAGCUGGUAUAAGAAAAUAUCUCAGUGCUACAGGUUCUGGUUUCAUUGAAAAUAUAUUAGCGUGCGCAUUUUCUUUUUGUAUUGUAACAGUGAAUAUUUUACGCUUUUUUGAUAUAAAAGCACAAAUUGCCUUCUUAGCUAUGGCAUCGAUUGCUGGCUGGGGUUACAUGUUAUUUUUCGUCAUGGCAUUUCGAUUAACCGGACCAUUUAUUGUGAUGAUCUAUGAAAUGUUAUUCAAUGACGUUUUAAGAUUUUGUAUUAUAUAUAUGGUAUUUUUAGCCGGAUUCUCUCAGGCAUUUUUUGUUCUCUUUAAUUAUAAUGGUUUCAGUGGAUUUUUGGAAAGUGUUAAACAAUGUUUUCUUGGCAUGCUGGGUGAUUUUGAUAUUGAUGCGUAUGCCCAGACAACAUUUCAAUAUGUAAGUGUGUGUUUAUUGAUCGUUUAUGUGGUCGUUGUCACCAUUCUAUUGUUGAAUUUAUUAAUCGCUAUGAUGGGUGAUACUUAUGGGAAUAUAAUCGAGGGAGCAACACAAAUAUGGCAUUUGGAACGUGCUCGUAUUGUGUAUGCAAUUGAAAAUGAAAUGAGUACAGAAGACCGAAAUUUGGAAACAAAUAAAUAUUGGACUAAUGUGGAUGGUGAACGAUAUUUACAAGUAGAAGAAGUGGAUGACGAACAUUUUAAACCCGAUUCAAAAAAGAAGAAAAAUGAUGAGGACGCAGAUGAUGAUAAAUGA